AUGUCCCUCUCCUCCGUCAAGGGUCUGCUCUCCAGCUACUCCCCGGUGUCGGACUACUCCGAGGCCGACCUGGAGAAACGUCUACGCCCAGCGGAUGAUAACGACAGCGAGGACCAGCGUCAUGGCUCGUCAUCCAGUAUCGAUCAGCUUCCGGCGAAUGUGCGCAACACCGCAGAACCCAAGGAGUCUAAGCUCGUCGACGGUCGGUUCAUCUCCGAUGCCAUCAUCGGUCUCUCCGACGGCAUGACCGUCCCCUUCGCCUUGACCGCCGGUCUGUCAGCGCUGGGUGACACCAAAGUCGUCGUGUUUGGCGGUCUGGCCGAGCUGAUCGCGGGCGCCAUCUCCAUGGGACUGGGCGGGUACCUAGGGGCAAAGAGCGAAGAAGAAUCCUAUCGUGCAACUCUGAAAGAAACCCAAACCCAAACCAUGACGGAUCCCGAUUCCGUCGCCGACACUGUCUCGGACAUCUUCGCCUUGUACGACCUGCCGCCUGCGCUUGUCGCCGAGCUCACCCGACACCUCUCGGACUCGCCCAAGCUCCCGGACUUUCUCAUGAACUUCCAACACACGCUGCAGGAGCCGUCGGGCUCGCGCGCCGUCAUCUGCGCCGUGACCAUCGCCAUGGGCUACUUUAUCGGCGGGUUCGUGCCGCUAUUGCCGUACUUCUUUGUGGGCCCGCAUGACGCCUUUGUCGCGCUCGGAUGGUCCAUUGCUACCAUGGUCGUGGCGCUGUUCCUCUUUGGCUACGGGAAGACGUGCUUCGUCAGUGGGUGGAAAGGCGCCCGCAACGUCCGCCGCGGACUCAUCGGCGGCUGUCAGAUGGUCUUGGUGGGCGGCGUUGCGGCGGGAUCCGCAAUGGGCUUGGUCAAGGCGUUUCAGUUGCUGGCUGCUGGGGAUGAGAAGUAG